AUGCCUCUUGAUUUAAAAUCCUGCACUACGGGAAUUCCCCCAUGCCAACCAACGUUUGAUUUGACAAAGAAACAGUUUAUGCCACAUAAGAAUGUAGAACGAGUACGUGAGAUGGUGAAGAGUAGACAGCAUGAUAAAGUCUUUGGGAAAAAGAUGGAAAUUAAUAUGGUAAGGGGAAAGCCUGCGAUAACGUAUUCUGAUAAUUCUACAACGGAAGGUGAAGAUGUUCUAGAGAAUAAAACAAUAUUUCAGCCGAUAGGACGAUGGUGGAGGAGAAGUAGAUCUCAGAGCGUGAGAACUGAGAAUGACUCUUUUACUCUGACUUUUGAUAAUGAAGAAUUGAGCCAGAUGGAUGGCGUGAGUAGUCCCUGGCUCGACGGUGCUGUACCGUUCACGUAUCCACAACAGGUGACAACUACAAAUGAUUAUGAACUGAUAGUGAAAAAUGAACAAGAGAUUUAUCAACAAUACUAUAAUCAUCCGAUCGGUCCAGAGUAUCUUACUUUAUCCCAUAGCCCCCAACGCGAUGAAGAGUUGAGUCGAUUCCGACAAAGGCAGAAUCGUCAGUUUCGACCAGAUUCUUGGUUUGAAGGCUGCAUCGGCUGGAAAAUUCCAUAUACUACCUGUUGA